AUGGUGUGUUGGGGGUUUGACAUGGUUGAGGUUGACUCUCAAAGAUUGGAACAUGAGAGGAGGGAAGUGGGGUUUUUGUUGAGGAUUUCAUGUGGGUUGGUGUUUUUGUUGUUUCUCAGUCCUGUGGCAGGUUUGAGACCCUUAAGGGAUAAAACCAAUUCUUGGGGUGACGAGUGGGUUUUUACAAGAAAAGACGAAAGUGACUUAGGUCCAUUUUCACAAUGGAACAUAACUGGAACUUACAGAGGUACUUGGAAAUUUAUGGAUACUACAAAUGGUUCUACCAAAUUUCCAGACAUCAGAAGAAUAAAUGGAAAUUCUGUAAUUGAAUUAGUUAGUGUGCCCACAAAGAUAACCGGUGUACAUUAUGUGCAGGGGGUAGUCAUAUUCCAUGAUGUAUUUGACAAUGAAUACAAUGUUGGUGGUGCUCAAAUCAGAGUAGAAGGUGUAUAUAUAUGGCCUUAUCGGCAGCUUCGAAUGGUAGCCAACAGUGGAAAAGAUGGGGGACUAAAUCCGGAUGGAGACUAUAUUUUAUCCAAUCCAUAUCAUCUGCUUGGAGUUUUCUCAUCUCAAGUAUUCCAAGAAUCUUCGAGACAAAAGAUGUGGAGAAAAAAGCAUUCUCCAUUGCAUGGCAUGGAGAAACAUUGCAAUGUAGAAAUCGCCGCACAGGUUUCACGCCUGUCAUCAUCAAAACAUGAAGGGGAGCGUGAUUCUUUUCAGCUAGUAGGAUUAAUGGAGAGUCCAUCAGUAGAUGACCAUGGGGACUGCUUCUCGCCUUUACAGUUAAAUGUGACAUCUAUUAACAUUGAAGUCUACUAUAAUAAAGCAGUGAACUAUACCUUGAUGGUUACUUUUAUCUCAUUUUUGCAAGUUCUUCUAUUAAUUCGGCAAAUGGAGCAUAGCAACACCCAAUCUGGGGCUGCUAAGGUUUCAAUAUUAAUGAUUGGUCAGCAAGCUAUAGUAGACGCUUAUCUUUGCCUUAUACAUUUGACUGCGGGUAUUCUAGUCGAAUCCUUGUUCAAUGCUUUUGCAACUGCUGCAUUUUUCAAGUUUGUGGUAUUCUCAAUAUUUGAGAUGAGAUAUCUCCUUGCCAUCUGGAAGGCAAGUAGGCCUUUGAGCAAUGGUGAAGGUUGGGACGCAAUGAGGCGUGAACUGUCAGUUUUAUACAGCCGAUUUUAUGGGAUCCUAUUGGGAGGCAUACUGUUCAUGUAUGAAUUUCACAAUCAUUUGAGACUUAUUCUUCUUCUUGUAUACUCUUUUUGGAUACCUCAGAUAAUCACCAAUGUUGUUCGUGAUUCUCGCAAGCCUUUGCAUCCUCACUAUAUAUUGGGCAUAACUGCUACUCGACUAACAAUCCCAUUAUAUAUUUUUGGUUGUCCUUACAACUUCUUGCGUAUAGAACCAGAUCAGAGCUGGUGUGUUUGUUUGGCUAUAUUUGUUGGAUUUCAAGCUGCAAUUCUCUUGCUUCAGCACUAUUUUGGCUCUUUGUGGUUCAUUCCUCGUCAGUUUCUACCUGAAAAAUACUGCUAUUAUAGGAGGUUUGCUCAAGAUACAAAUCAUGCCACAGACUGUGUUAUAUGCAUGACAGCCAUUGAUCUUUCUCCAAGAUCAAAUGAUUGCAUGGCAUGUGAAUGUGACACCUUGUGA